AGCAUGAAUUCACAAUAAAGGAGAGGACGCGGUGCCGAAUAUAGUGGGAAAUGAUUUCCCAGUCACAUUCAAUCUAUCCCGCGGGAUAUGCCAACAACCACAACCAUGCUCAUAUCUUUACUCUAUAGUAACAUCACCGUCCCAGGCACGUCAUCGUUUCUCCCGUCAGUGCCAGCUUUUGCAGGUACCGCCACCUACCACAGGAAACGUGAUGUUUGCAUACUCCUCUUCGUGGUUAGUAGAGCAGCGGCAACGACACUAAUCUCGUUUCACAUCAAACCCCGGAUUUGCUGUGCGGUCUCCCAGUGGAAUGAGAGUGGAACACUCAAAAACUUUUGAAAGAACGAGCCUCAGAGCAGACUACGGUGAACUGCACGACGCCGAUGGUGGUAGGGCGUCCUUUAGUAAAAACACGCCAUGACCAUCA